AUGGUUAAAUACGAGAACUUGGUGCUUAUUGGCACCUUCAUGGUUAUCUCCUCUGUUUCGUUCAUUCUUGGUGUGCUUUUCAGUAAUUGGCCAUAUGAUUACUACACUUUGUGGGACACAACAAAGGGCCAAGAAUUUUUCGAUGCUGCUUUGGACCACUACAAGGUCUGGGGACAAAUUCCUCCUAUCAUCAGCUAUACUUUCCACUUCGUGAUUGCGAUCGCAUUCAUUGGAUCAUUUAUCAAGAUAUUCAAGCCUUCUGAAGACGUGCAAUACUUCGAAUAUGGAACUUUGGGUGCCUUAGUGAUUGCAGUUUGUGUCUAUGUUAGUAACGUCAAGGUCGGAAUCAUGUCCUGUAUUGCUGGCGAAUGGGGUGAAGUUGACCAAAAUACAGGUUUGGGAGUCAUUGCAGCAUCCGAAACAAUGAUUGUUUUCAUCCUUCUCGGUAUUGUCCUGCUGCAAGGUGGAUUAUUCUAUGCCUUUUUCGAAGACGCCAGACUCAAACAGGAGUUCUACUUGAAAGAGUUGAAGGAGAAGUACGAGGCUAUUGGGGAAGAGGCCACUCCAGUUGAAGCCAAAUCCUCAGGAGCUGAAGCAAAGAAGACUAAAGCAAAGGCAACCAAGAAGGCUUGA